AUGACAACGGUGUUCAUCCAAAUGCGUGGUGUGGUGUACCUGUUGGUACUUCUGCAAUGUUGUGUCUGUGUGGUAUAUGCGAAUACUGAAGGGGAUCGCAAACGAUUUUUGAACGCACAGACUUUGAUGCAACUGGCGGUAAGGGAUGCGGAAAAAUAUGUUCCGGAGGUGGAGGCGUGCCUGCGUUUGUGGAAGACCGCAUUGCCGAAGUGUGUGGAGAAAUGCGAGCAAAUCAAAAAACUCAGAGGUGAGAUCAGGGGUCUUGUCGAAGGGAUCAAGGGCAAGCUACUAAAGCCAGAGGAAGUGGUGCCCAAAGGCACGCACGACGAAACGUUGGUUGACCUGGUUGACCGGGCCAAGAAAAUGAUACCGGUGGCCGGUGAAGCCGCUCGCGGCUGUAGUGUACCGGUUAACGAGACCAGGGUGAGACAAAGGCUGUGUGGGGUUUACCAGGAUAAUUUGGCCCCCGUGGUGGAGGGGUUUCCGGCCCGUUUGCAAAACUACGAGGGCGAGAAGUCGUAUGCUCCCAAUGUCGCGGAGGCCGAGAAAUAUCUCGGUGCCAGUUAUGAGUUGUAUUACAGGGCAACCAACGUCACAUCUGAUAUCAAGAGACAAAUCGGGAACAUUCGUCAGUGUGGGGCGUUCCGGGACGGCGAUUGGAGGGAAGUGAGGGCAGACGCGGCGGAACUGGUUAGGUUGCUCAAGGACUACGGCGGGGAAGAACUCGGAAAAGCGCAAGAGACUGAGUGGGGCAAACUUGCGGGUGAGAAGGAAAAAAAGAGAAUCGAUCAGAUGAACCAAGACAAAGAAAAAAAGGAUAUGUCCGUUGUGAAAGGGGAGUUCGUGCAGACCGAGAACGAGAGUGGAUUCGUGUUGAACGACACUGCACGGUAUGUGGGCAAAGGGAAUCCGACGUUCGUCGUGAAUAGAACGAGAGAAAUGCAAGAGGAUAUCCGGAAAUUUAAGAGGGAUUUGGCGGAAGCAAAGGUAGAGGUGGAGUUUGAGAGAAGAUUAGCUGCGGAAAAGGCUCGGAAAGAAAGGGAAGAGCAGGAAAAAGCAAGAAGGGCCAAAGAGGAACAGGAUAGAAGGGAAAGAGAGGAGCGGGAACGAGCGAAGAGGGCCAGGGGAGAACAUGAGAAAAAAGCCAGAGAGGAACGGGAGAGAAGGGAGAGGGAAGAAAAGGAGAGAAGGGACGCUGAAGAGAGGGCGAGACUGGUUAAAGAAGAGCAGGAGAAAAUGGCGAGGGAAGAUGCGGAGAAGUCGGUCAGGGAGCAGGUCAAGAAAAGGAAAGACGGCACCGGCAGUCCUGCAUUGGUGCACAGUUCCUUGAUUCUUCUUGUCCUGUCUGUGUUGGGUUGCACUCUCGUGUGCUGA